AUGUCUGUGAUGUUCCUUGAUCAAAUCAUAACCAUGGCUCUAGCAUUACGUCCUGAAAUCAAAGAAGCAGUCUGCUAUAACGCCGUAUCCCACAACGCCCUGAAAACACAGCAAGAUAACGCCGUAUCCCACAACGCCCUGAAAACACAGCAAGAUAACGCCGUAUCCCACAACGCCCUGAAAACACAGCAAAAUAACGCCGUAUCCCACAACGCCCUGAAAACACAGCAAGAUAACACCGUAUCCCACAACGCUCUGAAAACACAGCAAGAUAACGCCGUAUCCCACAACGCCCUGAAAACACAGCAAGAUAACGCCGUAUCCCACAACGCCCUGAAAACACAGCAAGAUAACGCCGUAUCCCACAACGCUCUGAAAACACAGCAAGAUAACGCCGUAUCCCACAACGCCCUGAAAACACAGCAAGAUAACGCCGUAUCCCACAACGCUCUGAAAACACAGCAAGAUAACGCCGUAUCCCACAACGCUCUGAAAACACAGCAAGAUAACGCCGUAUUCCACAACGCUCAGAAAACACAGCAAGAUAACGCCGUAUCCCACAACGCUCUGAAAACACAGCAAGAUAACGCCGUAUCCCACAACGCCCUGAAAACACAACAAGAUAACGCCGUAUCCCACAACGCUCUGAAAACACAGCAAGAUAACGCCGUAUCCCACAACGCCCUGAAAACACAGCAAGAUAACGCCGUAUCCCACAACGCCCUGAAAACACAGCAAGAUAACCCCGUAUCCCACAACGCUCUGAAAACACAGCAAGAUAACGCCGUAUCCCACAACGCCCUGAAAACACAGCAAGAUAACGCCGUAUCCCACAACGCCCUGAAAACACAGCAAGAUAACGCCGUAUCCCACAACGCUCUGAAAACACAGCAAGAUAACGCCGUAUCCCACAACGCCCUGAAAACACAGCAAGAUAACGCCGUAUCCCACAACGCCCUGAAAACACAGCAAGAUAACGCCGUAUCCCACAACGCUCUGAAAACACAGCAAGAUAACGACGUAUCCCACAACGCCCUGAAAACACAGCAAGAUAACGCCGUAUCCCACAACGCUCUGAAAACACAGCAAGAUAACGCCGUAUCCCACAACGCUCUGAAAACACAGCAAGAUAACGCCGUAUUCCACAACGCUCAGAAAACACAGCAAGAUAACGCCGUAUCUCACAACGCUCUGAAAACACAGCAAGAUAACGCCGUAUCCCACAACGCUCUGAAAACACAGCAAGAUAACGCCGUAUCCCACAACGCCCUGAAAACACAGCAAGAUAACGCCGUAUCCCACAACGCUCUGAAAACACAGCAAGAUAACGCCGUAUCCCACAACGCUCUGAAAACACAGCAAGAUAACGCCGUAUCCCACAACGCCCUGAAAACACAGCAAGAUAACGCCGUAUCCCACAACGCCCUGAAAACACAGCAAGAUAACGCCGUAUCCCACAACGCCCUGAAAACACAGCAAGAUAACGCCGUAUCCCACAACGCCCUGAAAACACAGCAAGAUAACGCCGUAUCCCACAACGCUCUGAAAACACAGCAAGAUAACGCCGUAUCCCACAACGCUCUGAAAACACAGCAAGAUAACGCCGUAUCCCACAACGCUCUGAAAACACAGCAAGAUAACGCCGUAUCCCACAACGCUCUGAAAACACAGCUUGAAUUCUAUCCUCUGGGUUUCCAAAAAUUAGAACAACCUCCUUAUAGCACCGACUUUGCAUCGAUGGACUUUCGCGUUUUCCCCGAGGUGAAGGAAGAUCUAAGUGGUUUACAGUUUGAGACUACUUAG